UUUUAAUAUUAUCAAUUUAUUAUACAUUAAUAUAUUAUGUUGAGUAAAUUAAUUUGUAAAAUUUUGUUAUAAAUUGAUUUGUAAAAAUUAUUGUAAAAAGGUAUUGUAAAGUUGUAAUUUUGUGUUAUUCCUAUUAUAAUUCUCAAAUACUCAUACUUAUUAAUAUAAUUUUUAUAAAAUGUCGCAAUCUACUGGGCUUGGUUCAGAAUUGAACCAUCUAACAGCUUCUCAACGAUCUGCAGUUCUUGAGAAACUCAACCAAAUCCAGUACCAAGACACCAUGGACACCUAUAAUGGCCUCGUUGAAAGAUGUUUCAACGAAUGUGUUUCUGGCUUCAGAUCAAAGGACCUCGAUAAGAAGGAAUCCCAAUGUGUGGAAUCCUGCGUUAAGCUGUUUUUUGACUUUUCUCAACGAGUUUCAACAAGGUUUGCAGAGAAACAGUCUAAGAUUUAGCACACUCCAACGAAUAAUUGCAAUUUAAUAAAUUAUUCAUCAAUUUAACUAAUGAUUCAUUAAUUUAACAAAUAAUAGUCCAGUCAAAUAAUGUGUAAAUUGUAAGAAUAAACUUAAUCAAUUUUAAAA